GGCGUGGAGCGGGGGUGGGAGCGGCGGGCGGCGGCAGCCGUGAAGGGGUUAAGCCGGGCCGGGACCCGAGGCCGACGGCGCGCACGCACACCCCGGGGUGGGGUGCAUGGGUGCAGGGUGCAGGGGUGGGGGGGAACCUCGGCGUCUGGCCUGCAGCGACCCCCAUUCCCCGGGCGGCGCCCACAGCCGUGGCAGGUGCAGCAGGUUAAGUGAGCAGCACGGAGCUGUUAAGAGGACACGGUGAAGCGAAGCGGAGUCAAGCACUGUGGCCCCAGCCUUCUCAGUCUUGGCCCCGGUGACCCCACUGAGAGAGCAGCAUGCAGCACCCCUGGACCUGCCUGGUGUUCUUCAGCUCACUGCCCAGUGUCCCCAGGAUGCCCUGAAGCCCUGGGGUACUUCUGCUGUGCACAGGACCACGUGGGGGUUUGCCAUGGUGACAUAAAGGGGUGCGGAGGAAGGAAGGAACACACCAGCCUGUGGACUGUGCCCCUGGCUGGGAGGAAGGGCCAGGGGCCCGGUUCCUCCACUCCCGCUGCCCUCCCUCGGGAGGGCCUCCCCUGCUAAGUGUCUGUGAACAAUUCUGGUGUCUCCCCGAGCUCGGGGCCUUGGGGUGGCCGCUGCUGCGGGGCCCAGGAUGCCCGCCCUGGCUCGUCUCCGCAGGCUGUGUCGCCACGUGUCCCCGCAGGCGGUCCUCUUCCUGCUGUUUGCCUUCUGCCUCUUCAGCGUCUUCGUCUCUGCCUACUACCUGUAUGGCUGGAAGCGGAGCCUGGAGCCCUCUUCUGUGGAAGCCCCAGAACCUGACUGCGGGGACCCUCCCCCCGUAGCCCCCAGCCGCCUGCUGCCCCUCAAGCCCCUGCAGGCGGUCACCCCUUCCCGCACGGACCCGCUGGUGCUGGUGUUCGUGGAAAGCCUCUACUCCCAGCUGGGCCAGGAGGUGGUGGCCAUCCUGGAGUCCAGCCGCUUCAAGUACCGCACUGAGAUUGCGCCGGGCAAGGGUGACAUGCCCACACUCACCGACAAGGGCCGCGGUCGCUUUGCCCUCAUCAUCUACGAGAACAUCCUCAAGUAUGUCAACCUGGAUGCCUGGAACCGGGAGCUGCUAGACAAGUACUGCGUGGCCUACGGCGUGGGCAUCAUUGGCUUCUUCAAGGCCAAUGAGAAUAGCCUGCUGAGCGCCCAGCUCAAAGGUUUCCCCCUGUUUCUGCACUCAAACCUGGGCCUGAAGGAUUGCAGCAUCAACCCCAAGUCACCGCUGCUCUAUGUGACGCGGCCCAGCGAGGUGGAGAAGGGCGUGUUGCCCGGCGAGGACUGGACGGUGUUUCAGUCCAACCACUCCACCUAUGAGCCGGUGCUGCUGGCCAAGACGCGCUCGUCCGAGUCCAUUCCACACCUGGGUGCCGAUGCCGGCCUGCACGCUGCGCUGCAUGCCACAGUGGUCCAGGACCUGGGCCUCCACGACGGGAUCCAGCGUGUGCUGUUCGGCAACAACCUCAACUUCUGGCUGCACAAGCUCGUUUUUGUGGACGCCGUGGCCUUCCUCACUGGCAAGCGCCUCUCCUUGCCUCUCGACCGCUACAUCCUGGUGGACAUUGAUGACAUCUUUGUGGGCAAGGAGGGCACCCGCAUGAAGGUGGAGGAUGUGAAGGCCCUGUUUGAUACGCAAAAUGAGCUGCGUACACACAUCCCAAACUUCACCUUCAACCUGGGCUACUCAGGGAAAUUCUUCCACACAGGUACUGAUGCUGAGGAUGCCGGGGAUGACCUGCUGCUGUCCUACGUGAAGGAGUUCUGGUGGUUCCCCCACAUGUGGAGUCACAUGCAGCCCCACCUCUUCCACAACCAGUCUGUGCUGGCUGAGCAGAUGGCCCUGAACAAGAAGUUCGCUGUCGAGCAUGGCAUUCCCACAGAUAUGGGGUAUGCGGUGGCACCCCACCACUCAGGUGUGUACCCUGUGCACGUGCAGCUGUAUGAGGCCUGGAAGCAGGUGUGGGGCAUCCGUGUAACCAGCACUGAGGAAUACCCGCACCUGAAGCCAGCCCGCUACCGCCGAGGCUUCAUCCACAACGGCAUCAUGGUCCUCCCGCGUCAGACAUGUGGCCUCUUCACUCACACCAUCUUCUACAACGAGUACCCAGGGGGCUCCAGUGAACUGGACAAGAUCAUCAAUGGAGGCGAGCUCUUCCUCACCGUGCUCCUCAAUCCUAUCAGCAUCUUCAUGACACACUUGUCCAACUAUGGCAAUGACCGCCUGGGCCUGUACACCUUCAAGCAUCUGGUGCGCUUCCUGCACUCCUGGACUAACCUCCGGCUGCAGACGCUGCCCCCCGUGCAGUUGGCCCAGAAGUACUUCCAGAUCUUCUCCGAGGAGAAGGACCCACUCUGGCAGGACCCCUGUGAAGACAAACGCCACAAAGACAUCUGGUCCAAGGAGAAGACAUGCGACCGCUUCCCAAAGCUCCUCAUCAUUGGCCCCCAGAAAACAGGCACCACUGCCCUCUACCUAUUCCUGGGCAUGCACCCAGACCUCAGCAGCAACUACCCCAGCUCCGAGACCUUUGAGGAGAUCCAGUUCUUCAAUGGCCACAACUAUCACAAAGGCAUCGACUGGUACAUGGAAUUCUUCCCUAUCCCCUCCAACACCACCUCCGACUUCUACUUUGAGAAAAGCGCCAACUAUUUUGACUCGGAAGUGGCUCCCCGGAGGGCCGCCGUCCUGCUGCCCAAAGCCAAGGUCCUGACCAUCCUCAUCAACCCAGCAGACCGGGCCUAUUCUUGGUACCAGCAUCAGAGAGCCCACGAUGACCCAGUGGCCUUGAAGUAUACUUUCCAUGAGGUGAUCACCGCGGGGCCCGAUGCAUCUGCUAAGCUGCGUGCCCUCCAGAGCCGCUGCCUGGUCCCUGGAUGGUACGCUACCCACAUUGAACGCUGGCUCGCUGCCUUCCAUGCCAACCAGAUUCUGGUCUUGGAUGGCAAACUGCUGCGGACAGAACCUGCCAAAGUCAUGGAUACAGUGCAGAAGUUCCUGGGAGUGACCAACACCAUUGACUACCACAAAACUUUGGCGUUUGAUCCAAAGAAAGGAUUUUGGUGCCAGCUUCUUGAAGGAGGAAAAACAAAGUGUCUAGGCAAAAGCAAGGGCCGGAAAUACCCAGAGAUGGACUCGGAUUCCCGCGCCUUCCUGAAGGAUUAUUACCGGGACCACAACGUGGAGCUUUCCAAGCUGCUGUAUAAGAUGGGCCAGACACUGCCCACCUGGCUGCGGGAAGACCUUCAGAACACCAGGUAGCCACGGCCACCACAGCCAGAAGGAACACUUGUGGCAGCAGGGACAUCCUGCUGCACACUGAGCCAGACUGACCUGCAGAGUGGGGAGCAGGACCCGAGCUGGCCAAGCACGUAUGAGCAAUACUCUGCCGAGGCCCUGGAAGGACCAGGAGAAGAGCUGAGACAGGUCCAUAGGCACCUCAGAGCAUCCAGUGCUGGGUCUGUGACCUACGGGACCUCCCUUGCCACCGGAGGUCUGUUCUGUUCACAGUCUAUUGUGGCGAGGCCACUUCAUGUUGGUGUGAGGGCCAUUUCUCCCCCUCACUGUGUCCUACCAACCGUAUCCUCCCCAUUCAUCCUGUUACUCCCUGUCUUAGAAGGGUUCCCCUCAGCAUUAGCUGUCAUAUUUCCCCUAUCCUCCAGACAAUAAGGGAGAAGAGCCCAGCUGGGCCUUUUGCCAAACCAGGGAGAAAGACUGGUCAUUUCCCUGACUGUUUUGAGCCAGGCCCUUCAGAGAGGUCUGCUGGGUACCCUGGGUCAAGCAAGUCAUUAGUCUGGCCGUCUCACAAGGACAUUGAAACUCCACACACACAUUCUGGCUCUUACCUUUACAUCUCACCUUCCCCUUUGGGGAUGGGGAGGGGGAAAAAGCGCUGGUUCCUACAGUAUCCACCCCAUCCUCAAGGCCUCGUUCAGGGCCUUGGGGCACUGCCAUGCCAUUUGGAUCCAGAGGCCCCAGCCUCAACCCUGACCCCUUUCUUCACCCUGGGAUACGACGUGUGUGGUGUUUCCUGUGGUAAAAGACUACGAUGGCGGUUCAGGAGUCUGCCAGUAUACACGUUCCAAUGUACAUAUAUGUCCCUGUGCCCUCCCUUCCAGCGGUAGCCCUGGCAAGCACUGGCAGAGUGGGUGGGACUGCUAUCCACUGCUUGGCCUCAGCGACCUAUGGCAAGGGUUUCCAGAGACAACCCUGCCCCCCCCCCCAACCUCCCCAAUACUAAGAAGCUAAAGUAUUUUAAUAAUUUGUUUUUUUUUUCUUGGUGCCAGAGUUUAUACCCUGGGUGCUGGGGUCGCACUGUGUUGUAUAUAUGUGUAUAUAUACAUAUAUAUGCACAUAUAUGUAUAUAUAUAUAAUGUGUAUAUAUAUAUUAUAUUUUUUUUUGGUUGGGUUUAUUUUUAAUUCAGUCGUACAAAAUGGUGGCAGAGGGUGUCAUAUCUCAGUGCUGGAGGAGGAGAUAGGAGGGAGGAGGAGGGUGUGUCUCUGUGUGUCUGGGCCUCAAGGAGACAGUAUGGAGAUGCCCUUAGAGAGACCUCUGAUUCCUCUUUAAAGUGCUGUGGCCACCCUGUGGUUGUCCUGGCUGGUGAGGCAGUGAGAUACAAUGAAGACUACUCUCCAGAAAAGCUGGCUAAGUGAAGCCCAGGAACCUAUGGGGGGGGGGGGGGGACUUUUGGCCAAAGGAUCAGCCGGACUGGGUUAUGAGACUGGGUCCCCCACCGCCGACUGGCCUGUUCCCCUCCCCUCACAUGGUGCUAGGUUGGGAGCUGCCCAGGAGCUGGGAGGCUCAAGGGGACCCACACAGCUGUCUUCAGGCUCUUCCUGCAGGCAGCUGGGUCUCUGAGCAAUUUUCUGGUUGAGGUCUGCUCCUUCCCCACUCCCCACCCCCUUCUUAACAAUGUGAAGUGACUACGGAUAGGGUGCCUCUCCCCAGGCCCUCCCCUCCCACUGCCAGUUCAGUUUGGAAUUGAUGUCCAGGGAAUUGUUUAUGGAGAGCCUCUCAUUAUGUUCAGAAGUCCUAGCAUGCUGGGCUCUCUGGCAGGUAUGGAAACCCAUCCAGAAAGGGGAGGUAGCCGCUUUGGCCAGUGUCCUGGUUGGCAGCGGGCUGAGAAUUGGAUUUGCGGCUCCUGAGUCUGAGCCCAGUGCUCUUCUAAUGCCACACUGCCUCUGAGCCCAUCCUGAGGGCACUGUCUGUGUCAGGUUCCUGUGUCAUCCCCCCCCACACACCCCGGUCACACCCUUGGUCAUCCCAGGACAUGGGGACAAACCACUCCUUCCGAGCCAGGGUGCCUUUGAGCUUUCUCAGCUCUAGAUCUGCAUUGCCGUCCCUGUUUUUUCCUCCUCCCCACCUCCCUGCUCCACAGGGCUUCUCUCCAGCUAGCAGGGCCUGGGCCUGGUUCCCUUUGCCCAUACUCUCCACUGAGAUGGGCAGGAAAGCUGAAUGCUCAGCAGGAAAGGCUACAAAGGGAGUAUCCCAGCAGUGCCGUUGGGGCAAGGAGGCAUCAUCCUCGCAGGCGUGAGGCAAGAAGUGGUGUCAGGGAUGGAGAGCCUAGCCUACUUGCACUCUCAUGAAGACAUGCCCAGGCCAGUUUUCACAGAGCAGACUCUGGGUCUCUGUGGCCAGCUGUUAGUGAGAUACUCAGCUCUGUGUCCUGUGAGGACCUAUCCUUCCUACCACACCUCCAUGUUCUGAAAUCUCCCCUCUGGGCCUAUCUGCCUGGUGGACAGACAUCUUUCUAUUGUUUAUCUCUCUAGUCUAAGGAAUGAAUGGGUAGGACCCUGGGGAAGUAGAGAAAAUGCUAGGAAUUUUUGUUCAGGUCCUUCUGACAGGCUGGGAACAUAACUUGCCACACUAUCUUAUUAUUAUUAUUUGUCAUUGUUAGAACUUCUGGUCUCUGGACUGGCAUUUUCAGAGAGAGAGAGAGAGAGAGAGAGAGAGAGAGAGAGAGAGACUGAAAGAUACUGAGCCACCAAAGCUUCCUCCAGUGCAGCAGGAGCCAGGCUCAAACUUGGAUUACGCACAUGGCAAAGCAGGCACCCUCUCAGGUGAGCUGUUCAGCCGGUCUGACCUGUUACAGAGUCCUAAGUCUUCCUUUUCUCUAGGCUCCCUUGCCAGGACCUGCAGAUAUGAGGGCAGGGGAGGGGAGGUUCAGUUUAACUCCUUUGGGGUUCUCAGUAUCUGAGUCUGUAGGUCCCUCCCCUCAUAAGAAGAGGGAAAAAAAAUGGAUAUAGCAAUAUCAUUGAUAUUCACCAAUUCAUUGUAGGUGUUUGACUGGGAAAAGAAAGAAUAUAUAUAAUUUCAUGAGACUUCACUUCAGAAUGUGUCAGCUGGCAUUGGGAUGCUCCCUAUAAUAUCACAUCCAAGGCAAUAGUAAUUUCCUAACAACAUCUGCUGUUCAAUCUGAUUUCAGAGUCCCUCAUACCCCCCUCCCCUUCCCAUCCCCAGUAAGUUAUUAUUUUGGAAUCAGGGCCCUGUCAAGGUCACAAGCUGCAUUUUGUAACUAUCUUUUUAAAUUUUGUUGGAUGCUAAAAAAUCCUCCUCUGCUUGGUUUGAUUUGAGGAGAGGGGCAGGGAAAUCAGCAUUACUAUUUAUAUUGAGUAAAACGAUUGACACUUGAAUGCCAGAAAUGUAUUUUUUUUUCUCCAGUUUUGUCAAGAUAGCGUUGACUCACUUUAAUUAUCAAGUAACAUUGUCUCAAGGCUGGCAGGCGUGCUGUCUAGAGAAGCCUCGUGUUCUGGUUAAGUCUGACACAAACUGACGGGGGUCCCAGGCUCUGUGGAUCUUUCCCCUUUGUGCUGAUGUGGCAACUCCACUCUAGCCCAAGAAGCCCUCAGCUGUCACCUGUACCAAGUGCCAAACCAACAGAAGGGUGAGGCCAGGAUACCAGAACCUUGGGGGAAAGCGAGGGAGACCACUGGCUUUGUGCAGACCCAGAUUUGGCUUCAGAAGGAUGAGGCCCCCAACAUGGAGGCUGGGUCUAUGGGAAAUGGAUGGGUGUCUGUGCUCAGAAGCAGCCCCCUUGGGUUCUAGGGAUGAACCACCUGAAGCUUCUCUCUAUCUAUCUCUUGUUUUGUGAGCUUGGGGUGGGGGCCUCACACCACCUCCCCUGCUGUGGUGUGAGAAGAGCAGGUGCUGGAAGUGGGAGACAAUGGAGUUGGUUCCAGCUGGGCACAGCUUUCCACUUUAGAGAGAGUGCAGCUGUCUGAACAGACAGUGAGGCUGUCUGUCAGGCUUCUGAGGAGGAAGUGGGCCUGGUCUUCUGGAACCUCUCUGGUGGCCCUCACCAGCUUAGACACCUAGAGAUUGUUUUUUGUUCUGAGGAGGGGAUGAGGCUGAGUUUUGUCCAGGGGUCAAUCUCCAGGGUCUGGAGAGAUUCUGGCUAUAUUUUCUCCAAAUGAGCUCCUGCCUCCUUCCCUCCCUCUUUCCCAUCCUCCUUUCUUUCCCAGGCCCUUGAGGAGAACGGGGGUGGGGGAGAGGGUUUUCUAUGACUGUGCUAGCUUUUAUUAUCAGCAAGAGGGCUCUUUUGUAAUUUGUGCAUGAAAUUCAUGUCAUUUCAUGGGGAGAGGAGAGGGCUGACUACAGGUGGGGGCACUUCCAGGGAUCAGGCCAAGGAUUUCUUCCCUUGUGAGGUGGGGAGAAUGGCUUGGAAAGGGAGUGCUACCCAACUCACCUGUUCAGGGCUCUCCAACCAGCCGUUUUGGGUUGUGUUAAAAAGUGGGAACCUUCCUCCAUUAAUGUACAAUCUCGAACUAACUGCUAAUAAAGUGGGGUUCUGUUUGUA